UAAGUGCAAUGAUUUAAUGUACAUUACUCCCAAAAUUCCUUUAAUAAAAAUUGACAAUCAGUUUUAAAUUUCCGUGCUUUGUUUUUUCUAAUUUUUUUUACAAUUAGGGCAAAAGUCCAAAUAAAGUGCCUACAUUUUUAUAUUAACGGUUAACUCAAAGGCAAGCGGUAACAACAAACCACUUUCCAUUGAAAUGGCAGCCUGUAAUUUUGUAUUUGAUAUUGUCGUGACUCGUUUUGAGUCAAUAUAUGUUGAAGAUCCCAAGCAACUUAAAAUAGAGGUCAAAUUUAAUAAAAAAUCGAUCCCUAUAACGCCGAGCCGGAUUAAUGUAGCAGAUUUCAAGCCCGGCUCAAGUAAUGAGUUCAAUAAAUUCCCAGAAAAACUGCGCCAGACCCUAGAGGAAUGUGGAAUGCCCAUUACAGUGCAGUACCUCGGUUGUCUUCUCGGGACCGCCCAAAUAAGUUUCCCCCAAACUUUUAUUGAUAGCAUAGUCGCGGGCAUGCCCGAUUUGGUACAUGUCGACACCUGCCAAUUCGGUCGGGAGGCUAAAGUUACUGGCUCUCUUGAUGUGCUUAUACGUCUGAUUAUCAAAUGCGAUGAUAAGGCAGAACCGAAAGAGAGCGAUUGUCGUCGCAAUGUGGACAGAAGCAUCAAACCGCAAGAUAUUUUGUUCAUAAUGAGCGAGUCCCAACGUUGUCCUUCCCCUUGCGAUCCUUGUUUAGAUGCAUGGCAGUCAGAAGAGGGCGAUGAGGUCCUUAACCUAGACAAGGGCCGCUAUCGCAGCUUGGAAAUUGUUGCCCGUAAGCAUGACGAAAUAUUUAAACAUAACCCAGUAAACGACUCUGUAUGCAGGGAGAUGAAGAAAAUAACACAGGAGUAUGAGCAAGCUAUAGACUCGAUUGUCGAACGCACUGGCAAGUCUAGUUCACUGAAGCCGCCCUGCCGUACAGCUGACGCACUGAGACGUCCAUGCGAUCCACCCUGUCACAAAUCAAGCUAUCCAACUAUCCAAAAACCUCCCAGUCUACCAAAUUUUCCCAUCAAUUCGCACUUCCCACCAACACAGCACGUUGGGCGUGAUUUUCUCAGCCCUAAGCUUGCAACCAUGCCAAUGAGUGAAGGAAAUGACUCGCAGAAUAAGAAUAAGAAUAUACGAUUCUGUCCGGUUUGCCUGAACAAUAUGUCAUGGCUACCAAUAUUUGCCGCCUGUCCCAAGUGUGGAGUCAAACCCACGCCGGUCAUUGAGGAAGAUUACAACCAAAAGGAACUGACCGCAGACAAUAUAAUGAUCGAUUGUCUGGGUAAGCCCCCGGCGGCCAAUGACGAUAUCUGUAAGGAUCCUUGUGAUAAGCUCGCUGUAGAAAAGGCUGAAAUGGCCCAAGGUCGAUGUCGAUGCACUUGCAAAACCGACAAACUCUGCGCCUACUGUCGAGUAAUUAAACUAAUUCCAGGCGUUUUCCAGCCAGGUUUAAGUAGGAAAACGGAGGACAAUACAGAAGAGUCGGAAGGCAGCGUGGACUUUUGUGUGAUUAAGGUUAAGUCUGAGGAGUCUCGCCCAUUUCUAGCACGUGUUUUUUCCGAACUACGUGAACUAUACGAUAUGAAGGUGCGAAGACCUGAUAACUGCAAGGAGAACGGCCCAAAGCCUGAAUCCAAGGUGAAAAAAGCCACUCCAGCUCGUAAGAAAUCCCCUUACCCGAGUCUUCCGAAAAAAGCCUUUAACGAGAUCGUCGUUCAAAAACGUCUCGCCAGUGGAGCACACAAGAGUUGCGUAAAGCGGGUGGGACCUGUCUCUCGUCGACACGGCUGGGCUUGGGCCUCAAGCCAAGAGGCACGCAAGUAUGGCUGGCGACCUGGCGCAGUUCUCAGGCCCAUGAAGAGGGUCAUGAAUUACUUUUUGAAUUACUCGCCCGAAAAUAAUGCAUAUAAUACGUGCAGGAAACAGUUGGAAGCUAAAAAGGAAAAGGUGCGUCAGCUUCCAAUUCUCAACCUGUCAAAAAAAAAAGGCGUAAUAUAUAUUACCCUGCGAGCGGUUAACAAUAAGAACGUAGAGAUGAAGCCAAUUGUAUUUAAGGUAGUUAAAAGUGAUCUCGCUGUGGCUUUAAGUGAGAUCAAGAGAAAGUUGAAAGCGAAAGGUUUCCCCAAAUGCACCUGCCACAAAACUGUUAUGAUGUGCGUCUGUCGCGACAACGUGGAAAAGAAACAUCUCGAGAACGCAAUACAAAAAGAGUGCAAAGGACGCGGCAUGGAAAAUUGCGUAGAUCAUCUGGUUCUCACGGACACCAGUGACAGCGAAAUGGAGUUCGAUUUCGAUGUGCCGUCGCCGGCAGGUGUACCAACGCAUCCACCUCCGCCAAAGCCAUGCACCGUCACCAGAAAUACGCAGACAGUUGCGAAGGAUCGAAAUGUUCCGCCCACAUAUCCACUCAAAUAUACCCCUUACUGGCGUUCCUAUGACUGUGCUGCGGGAGAUCGCUAUGCGGGUACGGCAUUCGGCAGUCUCGGUGAAAAUGUGUUUGAGGAUGGCCUAUUUGGCUAUAGGGGCGGUGGUCUGCAUGGUGUGCCUGCUACUUAUGGUGCCAGACCGAAAAGCAAGACUAUUUGGGGCGCAAAGCCCGGUGGACCUAUGAUCGGUGGUGGAAGAACUGUGCCAAUGGGCAGUCCGGGUGGAAAGUCAUUUCCCGGUGCCAUAAAGAAACAAGCAGCAGGCAAAAGUGCUCCCAUUCCUGUGAGAAUGCCCAAGCGCUAUUAUAAAGCUAUAGAAGAGGCGGCGAAAGAAGCAGCCAAACAGAAGGAGGAGGAAAAAAGGAAAAAGGUCCCCGACAUGAUGCAAUAUAUGAUGAAACGCGGUGUUAUUCCCACCCCAUGGAAUCCUAAUGCCAAUGCGUAGCAGCAGAUAGUAUAUGUUAUUACUAAUUUUAUAUUUAUUUUUUUUUACUGUUUAUUCAUCAAACUACCAUUUGAUUUUAUAAUUUUGACAAUAAAAAUUUUUAGAUUUCA